AGUCUGGCAACGCCACGAAAGUCGAGUUGGCAUUUGAUUUCAUUGCUGCGUUCGGAUCGAAAAAAUUGCAUAUUUCAUUGUUUAACUCCCAAGAACGUCAGCAAACAAGUAACUUGUAUAAUAUUUUGAGUUAAGUACACCCGAAAACAGUGCCGUACGGAGUGCGUGUAAAUAAACAAGCGAUUUGCAUCCAAAAUGUUGCACAAUAAUGCGCCCUGGCUGCCACCGCAUCAGCAGCAACAGGCGCCGCAGCAACAUCAUACUUCACAGCAGCAACAUGCAAUGCCCCAACAGCAGCAAACUCUUCCUGCCCAGCAGCAGCAGCAGCAAGUCUAUGCCAACCAAAUGUUCCAGCAAAAUCAGCCAAAUUAUUGGCCAGAGGAUCAGCACCAACAGCAGCAGCAGCAGCAACAAUCCCUGAACUACAAUAACUACUUUGCGGGACAGCAGCAGCAACAUCCUAUGCUGCAGCAGCAAAUGCCACCGCAGCAGCAACCGCAACAGCCUACGCAGCAGCAACAUACUAUCCAGCAGCAACUGUAUUAUCCCACUCACCAGCAGCCACAAGUCCCGGCUCCAGCGGAACUAGCUCUGGACUCGUUUGACAACAAUAAUAGCGGAGGAGGAGGAGGUGGUGGCGGCCGGAGCGAUGGCUGGGGUGAUUGGGGCGAUUGGAACGACAACAGCAACAACAAUAAUAGCAACGGCACCGAUGGCCUGUUAGAGCCAACUGGACAACUGCUGGAGGAUUCCUUCAAUGUUCAAUCCUCGCAAGGUAGUUGGCAGGCGUUUGCAACCAACAAUAAUGUCAAUAACAAUGGGGAGUUGCCGCCACCAGCAAAUCCGCAGUCAACGUCCUUGCAACAACAGCCAUUGAAUCAGCAAUCGACACCUUUGUUGCAACAGCAGCCACAAUCGCCGCCGGAACUGGGGCAGGAACCCGAACUGGAUGCCAUUGUGCCUCCCCAGGCUUUCCAAAACCAACCACCAACUGCAGCACCACCACCAACAUCACUGACUUCGUACUCUGCACAAAUGACUGUUGUGGGAUCGCCAAUUUAUGCUGUUGGAGCAUCUUCAGCACAUGGCGCAGGAGUAGGAGCUUCGCCAGCACCACCCACUGGAGUAGUAGCUCCGCCAGCACAUCUCGCCGGUGUAGGAGCUCCGCCAGCACAUCUUGCAGGAGUUGGAGCUUCGCCAGCACCACCCACUGGAGUAGUAGCUCCGCCAGCACAUCUCGCCGGUGUAGGAGCUCCACCAGCACAUCUUGCAGGAGUGGGAGCUUCGCCAGCACCUUCCGCUUUAGUAGGAGCUCCUCCAGCACCUAACAUUGGAGUAGGAGCCCCAGCAGUGGGAGCACCGCCAGCGGACGCUACAACUGUUGCACCACCGGCUGCACUGCCUCCUAGCAUGGUUCCAUCGUCUGGUUCCAAUCCCUUUAAGCGUUCCACGGGCCUAAAUAAGCGAGUAAACAUAAUGACAGACCCUGCGGCAGGGGCUCCAUCGCCUCCAGCUCCUGUUGCUGCAAUUGCUCCUGUGGCACCAGUCGCAGCAAUUCCGCCACCAGCAGAACAGCUCUUUGGUGUGUCACCAGAAGCUCAUGGAGAGGGCUUCAACUUAAUUGCGGCGCCACCGGUUGAGGCUUCACUUGGAGCUCCACUGAGUGCACCCAUUCCUGUACCUAACGCAUCGCUAUAUGGAUCACCAGCUGUUCCACAGGCUUUUGCGCCCUUGGAACCGGACAAUCAGGAGGUUUUGUCCGCGCCGAAUGACGAACGGGCCCAGUACUUGCAGACCAGUCACCUGUCCGAGCAGCUGGGCGAAGGCGAAGCGGAUCAGGAUGCGGGCCUGCUGCCACCACCAGGACUGUCUCGUCUGGUUUUGGGCCAACCGGAGUUGGAUUCGCAGCAGCAACGCCAGGUCACAGGAGCCACAGAGCAGCCACCACUUAAUGUGGCCCAGGCAGCUGCUCUGCACAUGCAAGAACGUCGCGCAGAUGGCGAGGACACCUCUGACGGCGAGCAGCAAGUGCGUAAUAUACAGACGCCACCUCGCCGCGUCGUAACCGGCGUGGAGACCAAUGCCCCGUCGCUGAGAGAACAGCGGGAAGUGGUGCUGGAUGGCGAGAAUCUGGAGGAUCGCGAAGCUAUAACGCCACCAACGUUGGCUGAACUGCCAACAACUUCAGUACAUCACAAUAUUCUACCCGACGAGCCGGAGCAGUUGCAUCACAACAAUCCGCCCCAGGCGAUGACCCCGCUAAAUGCACAGCAACCACAUCAGCAGCAGCCCACGCUGCAGCAGCAACACCAGCAACAUUCAACCACUCAGCAGGAGAAGAAGCGUGCAGCAGUAGGUCGUCGGACCACCGCCUCGCUGGAUCUAGAGUCCGAUGAGUCCGAUGAAUUCCUGCAGAGCGAAAGGGAGCGGGAUCGGGAGCGUGAGCGCAGGGAUCUAAUGGAGGAGAGGCACAGUCGUGGACGCAGCCAUGGUCACUAUCCCUACGAAGGCGAAACGGAGGAUUCUGUGCGUGGUGCUGCCCAUCACGAGACGAAAUCCUCGAGAGAAACACAUCACAAACGUAACAACGAAUCGGGACGCUCCCGUCGCCAUCAGGGUCCUAAGGUGGAACGUGAAAGGGAGCGGGAUAGGGAGCGUGACCGCACAUGGCGGCGACGAUCCAACAAGUAUCACAGCGGUGGCGAAGAUCCGGAUCGUUCGUACGAUCAUUCGCGUCGCUACAACAACAGCAACUACGAGGGCGAGUCGGAUAAUCCGGAGUAUAAUCACAUGGGCGACGCAGAACUGGACGGCAGCGGUGGACGGAGCAGUAAAACCAGUCGCCAUCGACGCAGUGCCGCCGAGGAGGAUUUCGAUGAUUACGAACGGGAACGUAAUCGAUCCCGGCGCUCAACCAAACCACAAUCGUCUGCUGAAAAGUCACGCUCAUCGGGCGGUCGACGGAAUUACGAGAAUUCGGGUCGGAGUGCCCGUACGGAUGAUGGACGCAGACGUUAUCAGGAUCAGCGCAAUGCUGGAGCUCAGUAUCCCGUGUCAGCCACCGGCUAUGGUCCCUACGGAAUGUACGAGCAAAUGUCGCGGAAUCCACAAGUCUACGCUGAUAUGUAUGCGAAGUUCUAUGGCCAAAUGAUCAACUCGAUGAACGCAGCUGUUUCGGCGGCUGCUUCGAAAGGCGGAGUUACCGCUGGAGCAGGAGUCAUUCCCGGAUUGGUGCCCGGCGCGGUGCCCGUCAGUGCCGCCCAGUUGGUGGCCGCCACCAGCGGAGGAAGUGUCAGCGGUAGCAGUGAAGCCGCCAUGCUCAGGGAGCGAGAAAGGUAUACACACGCAUACAUAACCCAAGCCAAUGAAUUCCAUCGUCACCAAUACAAAGAGCUGAUCUACCAGCAACAACAGCAGCAGCAACAACAACAACAACAGCAGAGGGAGGAUCACCUGAACUCCAGCUUUAGCGUUGCAGAGGAUAAUGCCAGUUUUUACGGAUCGCACGGAGGAGGUUCCAUCUAUAACCAAUACCAAGCAUAUCCACUCUCCAGUGCCCGAUCGCUGAGUAACUUGAACGGCGAUGGACGCAAUUCCCGAUGCGGACCGUAUUACGCUGGUUCCGAAUGUGGUCUCGAUAUCAGAGCUGCUGCCGAGGCGGCACCUUCGACUUAUGGAGGAGUGGCUGGAACCGCUGGACCGGUGACCAACACUGCGGUGGCUCGUCCGCCUCGCAGACGCACUCCCUUGCAGUUCAACCGACCGCAUUUGGUGGCCUCGUAUGCGAUGAGUCUGCUCCUGAAGGUGAAACCCAAGUACGCGGGUCGUGGACGACUGCGCAACGAUGUGGAGGUGGCACCACCACGCAUUCGGGACGGUACGAGCAGCCUGCUGCGGAUGUAUCCAGGCCCCUUGCAGGGACGCAAAUUGCACAAGGACAAGAUCAUCAGUUUCUGCAAGGAGCAGAUCCGACUGGGACCCACCAAGGGUUGCACCGCACUGUAUGCCACGCAGAAGAAGCCACAGGGCAGCGUGACGAAGUACCGUGCCUCCCAUGCGCUCAUGUGGCACCUGCUUAUACUGUUGCUGCGCCAAAAUGGGUACAUUGCGGACACGGAUGUGGGCGAUCUGCUGCUGGAGAACCAGCAAGAGUAUCCCUACGAUCCCAGCGAGUUCGAAGCAGAGAACGAGCCAGAUGCGGAUGCCGAACAGGAUGCCGCUGCACCGGCGGACAAGACAGGGGAUUCGGAUUUAGAUAGCGAGUCGGCAGCAGGAGUUACACCUGCGGAACCACAUGCAGCAGGUGCGGCAACUAGCUCAAUCAAUGGAGCUGAUGCUGCAAAUGCAGCAACGCCUCUGUCGGAACAGGCGGCAACGGACAAGUUCCGCAGCUAUGUGUUGCGCGGAAAUGUCGAGGAGGCACUCCAGUGGGCCACCGACAACGGCCUGUGGACGCAUGCAUUCUUCUUGGCCCUCUACGAGGAUCGCUAUGCUCUCACAGACGUAGCCCAGAAGUUCCUCAAUCGAGCGAUCAAGGCCAACGAUCCAUUGCAGACACUAUACCAAAUGAAGAGCUGCCACACACCGGCGUGCGUCAGCCAGCUGAGGGAUGAACAGUGGGGUGACUGGCGGUCGCAUCUCUCCAUCCUGGUGACGAACAAGAGUCGCCAGCCGGAGUAUGAUCGCAGUUCGGUAGUGGCCCUCGGCGAUACGCUUUUCCAGCGCGGCGAUAUAUAUGCGGCACACUUUUGCUAUCUGGUGGCUCAGGAGGAGUUCGGACGAUACGAUAGCUCUGCUACAGAGCUAACUACUCUGACCGCCAAUGUGCCCAGGCUUAUCCUGCUGGGUUCCUCGCACUACAAGCACUUCAACGAAUUUGCCAGCAACGAGGCCAUCAUCAUGACCGAGAUCUAUGAGUAUGCUCGAUCGCUGUUCGAUCCGAAGUUUAGCAUUGCCCACUUCCAACACUACAAGUUCCUGCUGGCCACAAGGAUCCUCGAUUAUGGUCAGCAUUUCCGCUGCACCAAUUAUUUGGAACAAAUCGCCAGGCACAUCGAACUGAAGCCGGAAAGCUACGACAGUGAUUUCAUUCAGCGGGUUUGCGGUUUAGCCGAACGUCUGCGCUACCAUGAUCCCAUUCUGAUCAAUCGUGUUUCAUUUGCGAGUCCUCCGAAUGCCACCAGCAAGGAUAGUGCUGCUCCCGAAGAGAAGGCCUGGUUGCGUCAGCUUAGAUCUCUGGCCUAUGUGCAGCCCCAACAAGAGCAGCUGCAACAACUGCAGCAGAAUCAGCAAGUCCAGCAGGACCAAAACGACAUCGAUCAGCAGUUUGCAGAGGUGAACAAGCAAUUCAGGGAGCUAAACAUGCAAUACGAGAGCAACAGCAACGUGGAGAAUACGCUGCAGUCGCAGUUGCCACCGGUGGAUCAACAGCCGUCGCAACAGCAGCAACAAGUUUUAUCGGAAUCGCACCAACAGCCACCACAACAAUAUUAUGAGCCACCACCUCAAGCGCCAGCCGAAUCCGAUCCCUAUGGACAUGGCCAACCGUCCUACUAUGAUCCCAAUGCGGGGCAGCAUCAAUACGAUCCCAAUGCGGGCCAGCUUCAUUACGAUCCAAAUGCUGCACAUCAUCAAUACGACCAGCAGCAACCUCAACCACAGCCUACUCCCAGCUGUGGCCAAAUAGAGCCAGGAAGUGAGGCCUACCAACCUGGACAACCAACAGCAGAUCCAGCUGCGGUUCCCUCUGGCUACGGAUACGAUUACUGGUCGGGCACACAGCAGCCACCUUAUGGCGACGAGCCCACUGAGAAUCUAGCUGCUCUAAAGGAUGUAGAGGAGGAGGAUGAGGAGCAGGAUGAACAGCAGAUAUUGCACUACGCUAAACAGCAGAUUUUGCAGCAAACCAAGCAGCAGCAGUUGCAACAGGAGCAACAUACUCGCAGCAAUGGAGCCGCCAGCAGCAACAAUCGCUUCAAAUCGAACGCACUGAAGCAGGAACGCAGCAUCGGCUCAUUGCGGAAAAGGCAAGAGGCGUCACGAACAGCAACAAUAGCAGCGGCAGCAGCAGCUAUUGCCCAGAUAACUCCGGCAACAGUUGCAGCGGCAGCGACGCCACCAGCAGCAUCGGCAAAGGCAUUCAAUUUGAAUGAUCUGCAGCAACAGACGCGCCCGGCGAUAUCCAUGCCCAAGUCAAAGAGCUAUGGAGAUGAGGACGAUGGUGGUUCCGGUGGAGUGGCUGAUCCUGGCCAGAAAGCUAAGCUUGGAGGCUCCACUGAGGCUGCCGGCAAACAGCAGGCGUCGGGCAAACAGGCCAACUCCGGCAGCGAUCUUGGCGCACCUGGAAAUAAAAAUGCGGGCUGGUUUGGCGGACUCUGGAACAAGUUGUCGCUAAAGCCGAAGAACCAAAUGAUCCUGCCGGAUGACAAGAAUCCGGCCAUCGUCUGGGACAAGGAGCGCAAAUGCUGGACAAACACCGAGGGCAACGGCGACGAGGCUGAAAGCUUUAAGCCGCCACCCAAAAUGAGUGAUCUGGGCAUGGCUCUUGGAGGACCACCCGCCGCGCCAAUCGGUAAUACCGGGCUGGGAAUGGGUUUAAUGCCUGUGGCCAACAAUGCGCCGGACAGCCAUCAAUCAGCACCGUUGAUGGAUCAGCAACCGCCGUCUCAGCCGCAAAUGUAUGGCAGCCCCAUUGAUUACACGGCUGCUCCGGCACCCGAGCUGAUUCCAACGGUACCAUCGCCGGCACCACUUACUGUCCCUUCACCUGCACCGGCGGCAUUAGCGGCGCUCAAUCCCGCGGCCGUUCCCGGCGGACCGCAGCCCAAGCUGCAGUCGAACAUGUUCAAGAUGCAACGCAACCGCACGCUAAAGAACUCCUACGUGGAUGUUUUCAAUCCAUCGGGUGCGCCAAUGUCGGCGGCGCCGGAGAAUGUGCUGGCCCCCAUGAUGGCGCCGGCUGCGGUGCCCCAAGGCGGUUACUUUGUACCCCAGCAGUAGGGAAUCAGGGGAGGGACUGGCCGGAACACAAGCCCCGCGAUAUGGAGCAGUUGACGGAGGAGGAGAAUGUGAGGGUGUAAAAAUGGCUGCCCCAAAUGCCAACAAGAUCAGCACUUCGAAACUACGUAAAAAAGAAAGGCUUUUGCAACCGAUGACCGCUCACACACACACACACACACCACAAACACACACAGUCAUGCAUUAAAUUUACACACACAUCCACACGAGAAAAGUCAACUUUCCAGCAGGGGAAAAGUUGCUUCUACGAUUUCUUCAAGAUCCUACAGUUUGUUCAACUUCUGUCUGUCUGUGCUAUCUUUGUGCGUGUCCUUCUACUAAAUUAACUCACCCAAUUUAAUUGCAAAAAAAAGAAAGUAAACACCUAAUUUUACCAAUUUGUGCGCAUGUGUGCGUGUGUGUGUUUGUGUGCGAUCGAUGUCUUAACGUUUAGUAAAUGAUUUAAUUGAGGGAACGAUGAAGAAAGCGAUUUAUAUACGACUAGCGAAUUAUAUAUGUAAAUUUUCUCUAUGUAAACUAUACGCCACCCUGAUUACCCAAUCCCUCAAUCCCCCACCCUUUAUAUAUCCACACACGACCGCUCCCCCGAUUUCUGUUUAUAUACAUGUUUCUUUAGUAUGUUGCAUAGUUUUUAUGAUUAUUUUUUGUUUAGCUGUAUGAAUUUGUAUUCGAAGGAGGUCAGACACUAA